GUUCAGUCUUCCAUCAAUUCGUAGCCCAAUCCAUUGCUUUUUAUUCCGACAAAGUGUUUCUAAAAAAAUGUUUAAUGAACAGAAAUCGGUCAGUGAACGUAAUGCGACUAAACUUCAGAAACGUCGUUCAAGAAAAGCACAAAAAAGAAUGAUACCCAAUCCAUACGCUUGUGAAGUGGAGCUCGACGAGCUUGGACCGGAUGACUCUAUUUUGGAUUUCGCCUAUAUCUCUGAGGAGAACUUCGUUCUGGUAGUCUUGUUGACUUCACAAGGAGACGUUCAAACGUAUUGCGAAUUAGCAAACGACAAGCCAAGGCGUAGUCUGACUCGGCGACAUUCCCUCUAUGCUCAGCAAGUGGAGCCUGUUUCUGUAUGUUUGGGGCCAGAGGCUACAUUCGUGGUUUUUGGACUAGCGGAUGGGAAUGUGCUAUUGACACCGCUCAAGAACUUGAUGGAUGUGCCAUGGGGGAGUUCGAGAUGGUUACCUGAGCAGUGUUCAGUGUUUAUCUCGCUUCCCAGUCCUAUUGUUGACGAAUGUCUCGUCACUCCGACAUGUAUGAAAUGUUUUCUUACGAAGAAUCCUCCACGACCUCUGCUGAUUCUGUCGAACAAGGGAGGUGGUAUACUCCUAGUUGAUCUGAGCAGUCGUAAAUGCAUCGCGGAACUAAGCGCGCCGCAGAGCAUACACGAAGUAGAGAUCGUACAGGAUGACGAUGCCACUGAUGUUUUGCUUACUAGCUUCACGGGAGCACAGUGGAUUAUACCCCUUGAAAACGGAGGACGAAGCCUCACUGAAGUCCUGACAGCAUGUAUCCCAUCUGAAUUCAAAAAGGUUGAACCAUCCACUUCACACUUGGGCAUCUGCUCGGAGGGCAUCACUGUAUUGGACAGUGCUGGAUGUUUCGUGGAACUACACUCAAGUCUGUCCAUAAACGGAGGAGUCCCCAAAAAACGAUACAAACUACCGCCAGACACUUGGAUGGUGCAUUACACUGGAAGUGUUCUAUUCGCAGUUUCAAAGCAAGCAGAAGUGAGGAGUGCGAUGCAUUUCGGAAUGAGUGCUGUGCGACUAGAGUUCUCCCUUAUAAAAGGUGCAUGUGAAUGGCGACCGCUAGGAUUUGUGUCUCUAUCCUUGCGACCUGCUCGUUUGCCUUCAUGUCUGCUCAUCAACGAGCGUGGUUUAAUCCGCAUCGUACAGAGUAGUAACAGUCCUUUGGAGAACAUCGCCGCAGAGUUCCUAUUUCGAGUUCCAUCGUUUUCUUUGUCGGCGGUGCAGCAGGUUGCGAGAGCCUGUUCAAUAGACGGCACUCAGUUGCAGCGCAGUGUGGUGCCAACAUUGUUAUCUGCGAGGCGUGGAAAGUCUUUGUCGGCUUCUGAUCUUUCUCAUUUACUGCUUUUAUCGAAGGUAGUGGGGAUCAACAUGGAGAACCUGGUGGAUCUAUUUGCUAGCUAUCAACAGGAGGAACAGCUGUUGCCUGAGCUUCUGCGGGCCAUCGAGACAGACAAUCAUUCUCCGUUGCGAAAACGUGUUGUCGAGUUAUAUGUGCGAAGAAGCCAAGCCUUAACACCUCCUGAUGACGACAGUUAUACAGUAUCUGACGCUCGUUUGAGCAUCGACAACGAGCUGAGUGCUUUCCUCUCACGUCAUGCAGAUCUUGAUGAAGGCGCUAAAAGUUGUGCUGAGGCGCAGCUUUGGAAGAGCGCAACAUUAUUGGCAUCGCGUAAGCGAACAAGCCAAGCGGAUGUGCUUCGCGAAUUGCUGCACAAUGGCACAAAAUUUUGGACGACCGCUGCGCCAUCGGCUCGAUCUCUCAUGAUGACAUGCGCUGCUUGUUUGGAGUGGAAAGAGCUCACGGAACAAGAAGCUGGGGUGCUUGUAUCACAUCUUUGUGAGUGGCAAGCAGCUCUGAAUUCCAUAGCUCAUCAUGAAACCUGUUUGAGGCUUUCCACUAAAUAUAUGUCACUGUUUCCCAGACAUUGCGCCGUCCUCUACUUUAUUUCGGCCAUGUACAUCAUUAGUGACAAAGGAUCUUGGACUCAGCACAAUGACGCUCCACUCAGAAGUAUUAGCUGUGGUGCCAACGGGUCUGCUGCAAUCACUAUGGAAGGGAAUUUGGUUACUUGGGGAGACUUUACCAAUCAACAAAACAGACCGUUCGAAGCUUCAGAAGUUUCUAACAAAACCAACCGGAAGUCCACAUUGGAAAUUUCGUCCGGUCCCAAAACUCCACGAGUGCUACAGCUUCCUCAUACUGUUCAUGUAGAAGGACGACCCCGCGUAGUCUCUUGUGGAGCAGAGCAUAUUUUAGUUCUAACUAGUGCUGGUCGCCUUUUUUCUUGGGGUAAAAAUCGUUUCGGUCAAUGUGGCGUUGGUCACUCUGAACCGCUUUCUGAACCGCAGCUUGUGGAGGCCGAAUGGGGAUCAAUUCGUGAAGUGUCUGCUGGUCAGUUCCACUCAGCUGUUCUGAACACGAAAGGACAACUAUGGAUGUUUGGUUGGGGCGUGUUUGGGCAGCUCGGCAUGGGAGGUCGCAACAUUGAAGAUCGCAAAACUCCUACGCUAGUACAUCUAGAUGAACCAAUCAAAUCCGUGAGUUGUGGUCGGGUGCACACUGUUCUUCUUACUGAAUCUGGGAGAAUACUCGUUGCUGGAGGUGGCAGUUAUGGGCAACUAGGAACGGAUGAGGAUGUUAGGAAACAGUACGAGUUUCGUCCUCUCCCAAUCGACAGCGAUCUAAAAUUCGUGAAGAUCGCUACUAGUUUUUAUCAUUCGAUUGCCAUCACCGAUAAGGAUCGCAUCUUUGAAUGGGGUCGAAACCCACAAGAAGUGAAGAUGAAGAUGUUUGUGGUGAGGAGGCUGCGAAUGGCACAGUUAAAGCGGAUAGCUGAUGAAGAAGGAGAGGAAAUGCCCUUACCCAACAUGGAGAAACCAAAGAUUUUGUUGCCUAUGGAUGCGCCCCGUGAUGAUUUGGGUAUCCGGGAAGUGCUACACUUACUUGAUGGCACUGUUGUUGAUGUAUCUACUGGGCUGUCUCAUUCAGCAGUGGUGACAGACCAAGGAUCACUUUUUACUUGGGGAAAGGCUCUUGAUUAUCAGCUCGGACAUGGAAACAAAACUGAGCGAGGCGAACCUCACAUCCUGUUUGAUCCUCGAGAUGUGAAAUGGGAACUAGUUGCUUGUGGAGGAAACCAUACCAUCGCGGUUGCCAAGGAUGGCCGUACAUUUGGUUGGGGUCGCAAUGAUUUUGCUCAAUGCGGUGUACCUUCCGACAAAACUACUUCGCUUACCAGAAAAUACUUUUAUCAGCCACCGAAAGACGGGUCUGCGAAGCGAUGUGUGUCACUGCCUGAUGAUUCCUCUUACAUCACCAAGCCAACAUUGAUACCUCAAGUUGAACUGAGCUUCCACGAUAAAGACAGUAUAGCUUCAUCGUUCGAUCAAAAGCAGUUGAUGUCGAACCUAAGAGGAUGUGAUCUGACUACCAUCCAGGCAUUUUCACGGCACUUCCUAACGCAUCACUCUGAUGGCCCAACAAAGUCGAGAUGGUCUAACGUUGAUUGUUCUGUUCCUGUUGCUCUGGUUCACCUCAUGUCAGGAAAUGUUCUUGCAGCAAUCCAGCAAAUAGGGAGAGCGCGAGCAGUCACCGAUUCCAAGCUCGAUCCUGCCCUCCGUACAGUUGCUGGACUUGCAUGGGAGAUCGUUGCGAAUCAUGAGGAUUGUCAAAGUCGGCAGAUUCUGACAGCAGCUUUCAAGUAUCUGCCCAUGACAAAUACACAAAAACGUAAUAGCCAAUUACGACGACUCUGGCCUAUGGUUUGGGAUGAACCCGGAGUCCAGGAUAGACUCAGUCCUGAAGAAAAGCUCGAUAUUCUGCGCAGUUGGGUGGCACCAACAAAGGCUGUCACCAGCGUAGAGAUCCCUGGCGCAGCUCUUCGUACCGCCAGCAAUAACAGCUUCUCAAGAGUUCGCGUAUGGGCCAGGUGCAACCACGUAGAACCGGCUGUUGUCGGCAUGUCUGCUUCUGAUUGCAGUGCCUGUGCUGAGGAAUGGGCGGAAAGUGUCCGUACAACAUUAGAUCCUGCCUCACUACUACAACAUGUAGCUGUCAUAGACAUCACCCAUAUGGUGCUCGGUGCUCGUCAACUGUAG